AUGAUUUCACACAGUAUGAUAGUUAAAUUCAGAAAGAUGACUGCAGAUUUGACCGAUGAGAGUCUCUUUCCUAUUGCUAUUCUUAUUGAUGAGUUAAGAAAUGAGGAAAUGCAAACUCGUCUGGCUAGCAUCAGAAAACUUACUACUAUUGCUCUUGCACUUGGUCCAGAGAGGACAAGAACAGAAUUGAUUCCAUUCCUAACCGAUACCAUAUAUGAUGAGGAUGAGGUACUUAGGGAAAUGGCCAAACAAUUGGCAGACUUUGUUCCAUUGGUUGGAGGACCUGAAUAUGUCCAUUGUCUUCUACCACCAUUGGAAGGACUUGCAUCUGCUGAAGAAACGGUUGUGCGGGAUAAAGCUGUGGAGACGUUACGAACACUUGCACCUAGUUUCUCACCCAAGGAUUUGGAAACUCACUUCCUGCCACUGAUCAAACGUUUGGCAACAGGUGACUGGUUUACUAGCCGUACUUCUGCUUGUGGACUGUUUAGCGUGAUUUAUCGACAGUCUUCUACCGCUGUCCGUGCAGAACUGCGUCGCGCCUUUAAGCAGCUUUGCACUGACGAUACUCCUAUGGUCAGACGUGCAGCUGCUAACCGUCUCGGGGAACUAGCUCGUUGUUUGGAACUAGAUGCGUUACGUUCGGACCUGUUACCACUAUUACCUCCUCUUUCCCAACAGGAUGAUCAGGACUCUGUACGAUUACUGGGUGUGAAUGCGUCAGUAGAUUUCGCUGAGGUUCUUCCUACUGAAGAUGUCUUGACACACAUCAUUCCUCUUAUACGAGGAGCUGCAGAAGAUAAAUCUUGGCGAGUCCGUUAUCAAUUAGCUGAUCACAUUACUGAUCUACAGGCUGCAGUAAAACCCCAACUUGCUGGACAGCACUUGGUAGACGUUUACCAGAUCCUUCUCAAAGAUCCAGAAGGAGAAGUUCGCGCAGCGGCUGCAGGCAAACUGAAGAAGUUUGCUUCGUCUCUAGCCCCUGAUAUUCGUGAAUCCGUAAUUAUGAAAACAUUGUUACCUAUCAUUCGGGAAAUGGUCGGUGAAACUAAUUUACAGGUAAAAACGGCUCUGGCCGGUGUCAUGAUGGCUUUAGCUCCGCUGCUUGGCAAGGAAAAUACAUUAGAACAUCUUCUUCCAUUACUGUUGGUUCAAUUAAAGGAUGAAAAUCCAGAUGUCCGUUUGAAUAUUAUAUCUAAUUUAGAGUGUGUAAAUCAAAUUAUGGGAAUUACCCAACUUAGUCAAAGUCUACUUCCUGCUAUUGUUGAAUUGGCCAGUGAUACAAAGUGGCGUGUUCGUCUAGCGAUAAUUGAGUAUAUGCCACUAUUAGCCAGUCAACUUGGUUUGCAAUGUUUUAACGAGCGACUCACAAAUUUAUGCUUGGGUUGGCUAGUAGAUGAUGUAUACGCUGUGCGUGAAGCAGCUGUAACAAAUUUACGAAAACUUAUGGAUCAAUUUGGAGUCGACUGGGCCAGUUCUCAAAUCAUCCCUCGUCUCAUACAACUCUCUUACGAUCCCAAUUAUCUUCGUCGAAUGAUUUGUUUGGCAUCCCUUCAUCAACUAGGUGAAGCUCAGUCUUGUCGGUCGGAAUUACUGCAGAAACAUUUACUUCCUACUAUAGUUCAACUGGGUCAAGAUCCUGUGCCAAAUGUUCGUUUCAAAGUUGGUCAAAUUUUGGGCAAAAUUGGCCAUCUUCUGGAUGCAUCGACUUUACAGACAUUUGUUAAACCAACAUUAGAAAAACUGGGCUCUGAUACAGAUCCGGAUGUUGUUUAUUAUGCCAAAGAAUCCAGCGAAUUACUUCAUCUUUCAGGAAGAUGA